AUGGGGGAAAAAGAGGAAGGCAGCAGAAAUGGCGAGAGUGAUGGGAAGGAACAAGACGGAGAAGACGUGGUGGAACCAAUACAAUUUGUAGAUGUGAACUCAACGAAUAUCUUCGACCUCGACAUAACACAGUUAGAUAUAAGAAGAGUGAAUAACCAUAUGAAGCUAAGUGACAUAAGCCAGUUAUACUACUACCUCAACAAGAACUCCUUCUGCUAUACAUCGGAGGAGAGGCCUUACAUUUCUAACAUGCUGGAGUUGAAAUAUUUUUUUUCCUCCAAUGAGGUUGAAAAUUAUGAAAUUCUGGAGCAGCUGAAACAGCAUGAUGCGAGGGAAAAUUCGAGGAUGCGUAAAUUCAACCUGGGCCGCCUCGUAGCGCGCAGCAAACUGGAGGAGAAAGAAAUGAUGGGAAUGUCAGGGGGGAAGAGGGGUCCACAUAAAGUGGGAUCCGCGUUGAGUGAAUACGGCGGCGUUACGCAGGUGGGCAGGGGCGAUGACGACAGUGAGGCGGAUGUGCAAACCGCUGGUGGUAGCGACAGCGGUGGUGGUAGUAACCACGAUAGUGAUAGUAACCACAGUAGUCAUAAUCAUUGCGAUAGUGAUGAUGGUGUUGUCCCUCUCCGUGGGGCAAGACCAAAUUGGAGGAAUAACCAAACGAAGAGACACCAUACCGUGGGGGAAGCGUGGCACACAUCCGUGUCUUCUACAAACUCGUGUCACUCCUCCGAGUCGAUUUCUUCAACCAGUUCGUACUCCUUCUGUUCGUCCACCUCAUCGUCGUCCGACUCUUCCUCCUCUUCGUCGUCUUCCCUCUCUGCAUUCUCACCCAACAGAACAGACAAGGGACGGAAAAAAGUCAACCACAUGAGCAAUUUAAAAAUUCUCGAUGUAAUCAAAAAGUACAAUGAAAAUUUAGAAAAAAUAAAAACGAAAAAAAAGAAAAAAAUUAAAAGUCGUAUUGGAAAGCUAAAAAAAUAUGACACGGUUAGCAUCCAAGGACAUAACAACAAAAUGGUCAUGUCACAGAUAUAUAAGAUUGUGAGAAAGAAGAGCAGCGUCAGCAUUAUAGGCCAAUUAAUAUAUAGCAGUAGUGACUGCAAGAAAUUUCUAUACAACAACAUCGAUUGUCACAUGAACAGGUGGAGUGUGUUGCCCUGCUUGGGGUACCUGAACGAUAUUAGUGAGCAAGAGGUGCUUCACAGGAUCCAGGUUUAUAACUUUUACGAGUUCAUUUACCUUUUUGAUGAGUUUCCCCUGUGUUGUCAGCAUAAUAGGAGGUUAAACGGGACUCAGUUCGGGCGAAUAGGCAACUCCGCAGACGGGGCAAAUCACAGCGGUCCCUGCGAGUACGACAACGAAAUUGUGUUCAACUCAGCACAGCGGCAGAAGAAUAACAGGAGGGACCAUCCCACUUGCAGCUUUAGAGUAUUUUACUACGAUCAAUUUUUGUGUAAAAACGCGCAGAUGGUUCCGCAGUUAGCCAAAAAUUGCAUAAGCAUAAACAGGAGCACUGGAGAAAAUUUCCAUUUUUACAAAAAUUCAAACGUCUACACAACGAUAAGGGACACCUACCAUGUUUUUCAUGACCCAAACAAUACCUACGUAUUGACCAACAAAUGUUUUGAGUACCUGUACUUCUUCUGUUUUAACUGUGACACGUAUUAUGAUUUAAAUAUAGUCCUGUGUAACCUUCUAUAUAACCACAUGAACGGUUUGAAGAAUUCCGACCCAGUUUGGGAAUUCACCAAAAUGUACCCCUUCGUUCAGAAGUACAAAAAAACAUAUGACGUAAGGAUCAAAAGACAAAGAGUAAAACAAACGGAUAUUUAUUUUAUCUGCCCGAAUUGUAUUCUCAAUAAUGUAUACAAUAUCAUGGAACAUCUCUUUUUUUUUUAUUACUUUUGCGAUAUUGUUAACGCGCAUAAUCAUGAUUUUUUAAUUUACAAUGAGUAUGUGAAAAAUAUUUUCCACGUUGACCUUCCGUUUUUUUGCCUGUACAAUGUGCCCAAGGAGAAGGCGCUGCUAAAUGCUCAGAAAAAAAAAAUGCCAAUUGUUGUUCAGAGGGGGAAAAAUUUGCCUGCACAUAAAGGGAGCAAGAAAAAAAAAAACUCCCUCGUGUGUGCAAACGGGAAACGCAAAAGCAACAGAAACGGGGAGGUGUUCCCCAUCGAGCGUGGGGGCAAACAUAAAAUCGGCAACCCCAUGGACAGUGGCAACAAUACCAGCACGACCGUCAGUACCGCCAGUAGCAAUACCAUUGGCAGUGACCGUUCCGCAGUUCGGGUGCAGGGACGGGCACACGUACAUGCACAGGCAAAGGCACAGGAACUGAUCGCUACAGCUUCCCACUCACCACCCUUGCGUGAUCGUCACGGCGAAGUGGCCAAAGGCGGAAGCCAAAAGGGGCAGCGAAUUUCACGCACGGGCAUGGCUAACAGGGAAAAGGAGCAACUCGGGGGGGAAACAACCAAAAUGGAAUAUGUAAAGGAGGAAGCCAAUGAAGCGGAAAAUCCAAGUCAUCCCUUAGAAGGAAGCCGUGUUAAGGGGGAGGUGUCCCCUACGCAGGGCUGCGGGCAGAUCCUCCAGGAAGAAGCCAAAACUAACAAAAGACGCAGCGACAGGAAGAGGAAGAAAAAAAAGGAAGACGACGAUGAGCUAUUUGAUGAGGCGUGCCUGUCAUACGAAAGCGAAGAGGAAGAUACCUUCGAAGAUUAUCUGGAUGGACACACGGACGAAGAUAUUGUGGAGGAGAACCAAAUUUUAAUUGAUGAGGUGUAUAGCGGGGAUUCUGAUUUUUGCAAAGAGGAGCAGACUUCCGGCAGGAAAAGAAGGAAGAAGACGGGCAAGAAAGUGAAGCCACUUAAGAGGGAGAGCGUUAAGGGGAAGAAGAGUGCCACAAGGGAGAAGGCAACCACUGCAGCAGGGGGUACCCAUUCCGUGGGGAGCAUCCCAGGAAGUGGGAAUUCCAUAGCCGCAGUGAUGAAGAAGGAAGAAGAGUUGAAAACGCUCGUUCACGACGUGAGGCGUACUUGCAACGAAGGCAACGCAACGAACAGAAGCAUAAGUAAAUACAAAAAAGUGAUAGACAAAAUAAAACACGCCCUCGAUAAGGAAGUCACAACAAAUGCAGGCACAACUACAGGUAAAACUACAGGCACCGUUACAGACACGAAGGAACUGAGUGAACGAAUCGUAAAAGGAGUCAUACAAAACUUCAGCGACAAAAUGGAAAUAAAGAUGAAGCUAUUUUCCAUCUGUUCUAACCUCAUGCGGAAGGACAACGCUGAAUUGAGAAAAAAAAUACUGAAUGGAAUAAUACAUGCCACAGAUUUAGCUCACAUGGACUCCUCUGACUUAGCUCCCAUUAGCUUGAAAAACAAGAGGAUGGAACACGAGAGGAAGUACUUCUAUGAAAACAUUUACCUCCGUGAGAAUAUUCUCGAUUUGAAAAAUAGUAAAAAGGUGGAAGAAGAGGAAGUUUUUCAUCACCCAAGUGUCAUUCUGGAGCAGAAGGAGCAACAACCGCAGCAGCAACAACAGCUGCAGCAGGGAAAUGCAUCGAUUGGCCAAGAUAGUGAAGUGAAUGGUGAAGGGCUAAUUCAUCCCUGUGAGGGAAAAAGGGGAUCGUUUUCCAAUCAGAGCGAUGAGUUGGAUACGUUAAAACAUGGGGAUAACAAUGGAGAGGAGAAAAAUGCCAUCCCCCCUAGUAGCAGUAAUGGCAACUUGAGCGAUUGCAAAAUAAGGAGAAAAGGAUCCUCCGGAAAUGAAGACCAGGAGAAGGAAAUGGGGGGGAUGAUACCACCUAUGGAGAAAUAUUCCUUUGAAUUUACCUACCAGAAUUUGAAGGGCAUGUAUGAGCACAUGCCUAAAUAUGCCUCAGCCCCCAUUAUGACCUUCCUGGACAAUUCCUACAACCGGGUCGUUGCCAUCAUGGAUGCCAGCAAGAAUGAGCAGCUUUAA